AUGAAUGUCGCAAGGCUUUUCCCGCGGCCUCAGUCACUUUCCCGGUCCUUCACGGCGGCAUGGGAGUUGCAAGGCCGCCGAGGAAUCAGCCCUUCCCCCUCCUUUCCUGUCGCACAGGGUGUGGCCGGCACAUUCCGAUCCUGUUCCACCUCUGCGCCGUCAUCGUCAGACCAUCUUGCCCGGUCGCAUAAUGGUGCUAAUGUCCCCUCAGAUCGUUUCAUCUCGGCUUUGGACCACAACAAGCAGUGGGCGGCCAAGACCGCUCAGGAAUUUCCCGACCUCUUUCCCACGCUCGCAGUCGGCCAGCAUCCUGAAAUUCUGUGGAUUGGUUGUUCCGAUUCCCGAUGCCCCGAGACAACCCUGCUCGGCCUGAAGCCCGGUGAUGUCUUCGUCCACCGGAACAUUGCCAAUGUCCUGCACGCUGGCGACCUGUCGUCCUCGGCGGUGAUCGAGUAUGCGGUGCGUCAUCUGCGAGUCAAGCACGUCGUCCUCUGCGGUCACACGGGAUGUGGAGGUGUCGCUGCUGCCAUGGGUAACAAACAGCUGGGCAUACUCGACCCUUGGCUCCUCCCUCUGCGACAGAUUCGUCAGCAGAACCUGUCCACUCUGCAGUCCCUGACCCCUGACCAAGCCAUGCUCAAGUUGGUGGAACUGAAUGUGGAGGAGGGUGUGAAGCUGUUGAAGCAAAAGAGCGUUGUUCUGGACGCGAUUCACGAGCGUGGUCUGCAGGUCCACGGUCUGAUCUUCGACGUUGCCUCAGGUGUCCUUCGUCAGCUGGACACCAACGACACGGAGGAAGCCAUCAAAGCACGACUAGUCUCGUUCAAGACGGAGUAA